AGAUAGACGAGUAGGGAGGCGCAUCGUCCAAUCAGAUCGCGCGGGCCACGUCACGCACAGCGAGCGGACUUUGGGCUCGACCCGACCCGGAAAGCGGCUAGCCCGUGCAUAGAUAUAAGGGGCACGCACAUCACGGAGAUCAUUCCGCGCUCGAAUUUCACGCACCAGCUUUGGAUUUGGUAGCCAGACGGACAAGAGGAGAGGAGGAUCAGCGAGGCCGAGUUCAUCAGUCUCCGUCCCCAUUUCCCCUUCUUGUUCCUUCGUCCCGACUCUUCUUCCUCUAGCCUGAUCGGAACGAGGAAGACUUUGAGGGGUUUUGGCCGGCCGGCGAUCAGGCUCAUCGACCAUGACCGAUGUAUUCCAGGGCUACGAGCGCCAGUACUGCGAGAUCUCGGCCUCCCUCUCCCGCAAAUGCACGGCCGCCGCCUCCCAGGAGGGAGAGAAACUGAAGCAGAAGGCCUCGGAGAUCAAAUCCGGAAUCGAUGGCGCCGAGGCACUGAUAAGGAAGAUGGAUCUUGAAGCAAGGAACCUCCAGCCGAGCGUGAGGGCCGGGCAACUGGCGAAACUGAGAGAGUACAAGUCGGAUCUUAACAAUCUGAAGGGGGCGUUGAAGAGAAUCACUGCUGGUAAUGGCCAACAAGGGGCGAGAGAGGAGUUGCUGGAGUCAGGAAUGGCAGAUACGUUGGUGGUAUCUGCUGAUCAAAGGUCAAGAUUGCUCAGGACAACGGAAAGGCAAAAUCAGACAACUGAUAGGAUCAGAGAUAGCCAUAGAACUAUGCUGGAAACAGAAGAGCUUGGAGUCUCCAUCAUGCAUGACUUGCAUCAGCAGCGCCAGUCUCUUUUGCAUGCUAAUGAUACGUUGCAUGACGUGGAUGACAACAUUGGCAAGAGCAGAAAGAUCAUGGGGGCCAUGGUGAGAAGGAUGGAUAGGAACAAGUGGAUUAUCGGCUUGCUGAUAGCCCUUCUUGUUUUAGCGAUCCUAGUAGUCCUGUAUUUCAAGUUUGUGCACUGAGGGAUUCCUUGCCAUUACCAUAUGACUGCACUUUUCUAUGCCAACUACCUUUACAUUUUUGGUGUGUUUCACACUUUCCAUGUCAUUUUUUUGGUUUGGUUUUGCAGAACCAUUUAAUGUGGCCGUGUUUAUUGUUUUUCCUAUAAAAAAAUGUUAGAUGAUUUGACAUCUUUGUAGAUAUAAAGCAGAUGUUUAUGACGGAUAUACACAAUUCAUGAGCAGUUUGGAUUUUGAA